CCCGAUCCGGCUUAGCGCUCAACCGUGGCCUCUUGCGCCGCUUCCACGCUGCUUUGCGGGGAGCCGGCGCAUCUGCUCGGCUUCCCAAUGUCGUCACAUGUCCGCUUGCCGAAGGCGUCCAAACAACCACCACCACCACUUCUUUCUUCUGCCACCUUCACAUCUGCAGCAUGCAAACCCAGACAUAAAACGGCAAACAACCUCUAAAUAAUACACCAAUGGAGGAUUAUCAAGCCGAGUUUGAGGCGGCAAAGAGCGGCUCGGCAUCGCCUGCCCCAGCCAAAGCUAGCCAUGCUCCCAAGACGCCGCAACGGUUUGGCCUGCGCGAAGGCUUAGCCGCCCUUCGUGGACAGGCCAGCAUUCAAGAUACAAUUGUGGAAAAGCUGCUUCACCAAAUCAUCCCGACCGAGGAAAACGCAGCCGUCUUCUCAGGCGAGCUCUCCGCAAACCUAGACAAGCCUCCAUUUAGCCUGGCCACCAUGUCGUACAACUUUCGCCAGUUCAACGCACGCAUCGGCGUCGUCUUUGAGUUCCAGGCGGCCGCUCUUCGCCUCUUUGCGUGGGAGAAGCCCUCGCACACGCUAUCCUUUCUCUCCAUCUAUACAUUUCUCUGCCUCGACCCCCACCUAAUCGCCACACUACCCAUCUUCUUCGCCCUCCUCGCCAUUCUCAUCCCAUACUUUCUUACUCGCCAUCCUGCACCGCCCAAGGGCACGCUGUCCAGCGAGCAGAGCAUCGGCUACUCGGCCGCCGGACCACCACUGGCACCUGCAGCCACCAUCAAGCCGGCCAAAGAGCUGAGCAAAGAUUUUUUUCACAACAUGCGGGAUCUGCAAAACGUCAUGGGAGAUUUCGUCGUUGCCCACGACGCUGCUGUCGAGACAUUUCUCCCUCUAACCAACUUUUCCGAUGAGGCAGUGUCGUCGUCUGUCUUUUUAUUCCUCUUUAUCGCAGCCAUCAUCACGACCAUUACGGCACACCUCCUCCCAUGGCGAUUUGUCAUUCUCAUCUCGGGUUGGUUAGGUGUGUGCUCUCUCCAUCCGGGCAUCGCACGCCUCUUGGCCAACAUCCGGGCCGAGCUACGACCUAUUCUCAAGGUGCAAGAGGAGCAAUUAAAGGAAGCGUUUGACCACUGGGUUGCCAACGACGUGAUUAUUGACUCGGCCCCCGAGACCCGUGAAGUAGAGGUGUUUGAGCUGCAGAAGAAGGCAGGAAACACGUGGGAGUCGUGGGUAUUUUCCCCGUCGCCGUUUGAUCCUCUGUCGCCUGCGCGCUUGGCUGGCGAACGGCCGCGAGGCACGCGCUUUUUCGAGGAUGUCAAGGCCCCGGAUGGCUGGCAGUGGAGCGAGAAGAAGUGGGCUCUUGAUCUAUGGAGCAGGGAAUGGGUCGAGGAGCGUAUUAUUACGGGUGUUGAAGUCGAGACUGAGGGCGAGCGCUGGGUGUAUGAUAUAAUGCCCGAGGCGGAGGAGCAGACUGGUGUGCUAGAGGUGCCGGAGAAGGCCAAGUCGCCCCAAAUGUCGCAGACUACAUGGGAAGAGGGUGAUGACGGUAAUGGGCACAAGGGAGACUGGCGACGUAGACGAUGGGUUCGCCUGGUGAAGCGCAAGGUGACGCUAGUAGACUAUGCUUCGUGAUGGGUGCAUACCAGAAGAAGGCUACACGCACGAUAUAGAUGAACAUUAGACGUGAUAUAAAUUUCAUGAGCCUUUCUUUAGAAUUUUCUUUUCUUGUAUUGUGUCUUUACACUGAACAUGUUCCCCAAAAUAAACAAAAGUUGAUAAACGGUGCUCAUGGAGGCGAAACGACCAAAUAGCAACAAGUCUGUACGCAUGCUACACUAUGCUAUGCUAGAUGCACCCUAAAACGCCCAAAACGAACCAGCAUAUUUACCCCGUUCAUAAAUCCCAAAUAUGACAAGAUGAAGAGCGGCGACUACUCCACGACAAACUUGUCUAGAAUCUUCAUGACGCCAUCCGCCUUUCCACGGCCCUUGUCCAGCUCCAUAGUCACCCUCCUCGCCCUCUCAAUCAGCGUGGCAAUCACCUUGCGCGUAUACUCAAAGCUGCCCGUGCGCUGCAUAUACGUCACAGCAUAUCUCUUGACCUGCACAUCCGACGUCUUCUGCUUGAGGAUGCUCACGAGCUGCAAGUCGCUCGGAUUCGACCGGAUGCUAUGAAUCACAGGAAACGAGAACUUGCCCUCCGUCAGAUCCUCGCACAUGCCCUUGUGCGCUGAGUACUCCUCCGACGCCAAAUUAAUAUAAUCGUCGCGGAUCUGGAAAAUAAGACCAAUCAAAUUGACCAGCGGCACGCAGUCAAUUGUCGCGGCGUGCGGCGAUUCGCCCUGCAUCAGCUUGAUGCCCAGCCGGAACAGGCCGCCCGUCUUAUUGCCCACCAUUUCCAAGUAGUCGUCUUCAGAGGGACACGUUAGAGUAUCUCGCCAGAACAGAUCCAUGCCCUGGCCACGGUGUAGAUUGACCAGCUCGUCCGCAAACGUCUUGAGGGCUUCGGGGUUGUUGAGCUUGAGCAGCUCCUGGACAGCUACGAAGUAGACGUAGUUUGCCGAGUUUAUGGUCUGCGGCACGCCAAAGAUGUGAUGGGCCACCGGGAACCCGCGGCGCAGCUCGGACGAGUCUUGUACAUCGUCAACGAGCAGCGAGGACUCGUGGAGCAUGCCGACCACCUUGGUGAUGAUGGCGAGGCUGUCGGGUGGUACUUCGAGGAGAGCGUCGAAUGCAGAGAUGAGCUGCGAUCGAAUGUCCUUGCCCGGAUGGCUGACGAGGUAAUUGUACGGGCCGCGGAUGAUGCCUUCUUUGUCGUCGGUCCAUGAUCGCUCGGGGGCAAAGUCGAGGUCUUCGUAGGCGUAGCGGGACGGGUCCUGCGGCGACGUCGGGGACUGCUGGUGCAGCAUGACGCCGGAGUUUGUACGUGGCGGCGGCCGCGAGGAAUCUGCUGCCGAGACGUCAAUGUAGGCCAUGGAGUUCUUUCGGCCGGUGUCGGGUGCUCGCGUGCGCGGGAGGACGCCGUUGUCGGCCAUGACGGACGAGAUGCUGGGCUGCUGGCCGAAUGUGUGGCUGCUCAUGCGGUUGCUGUUUGUGCUGGAUGUGCGGAGAGGGAUUGCAUCGAUCGGGGUAGAGAGAGGGCCUGCAGAGGAUUGUCGCUGUGGGAUUGGGUGCUGUUGCGGCGUGGAAGCUGUCGCGGGAUCCCGCGGUGAGGUGUCCAUUUUGUACGGAUUCUGCGGUGUUGUCCGUCCGUCGAAUGAGAGAAGAGGAAACAAAGUUGGACGAUUGUAGGCAGCAAGCUGACAACAGGUGGCAACAAGGGAGUGAGUUGGUGUGGUGAUGCUGCAGCCAGGAACGUUUUUGGAAGUGGGAGCCUGGAGGGGUGGUGGUGGUGCGUGUGCGUUGCGUUUGUAGUGAGAGCCCCGCCAAAAAAGAAGCUCCAAAGGGUAGAUGACGACGACGGCAGUAGAUGGAGAUUGGUGAGCGAGCAGGCAGAAGAAUAAAAAAGAAAAAAGAAAAGGAGGGGAGAGAGAAUCCUUCCUUUUUCAGGCUUCCCAAGUUUGUAUGCACGCGCCGGAGGAUUCGCGGUGCAACCCCAAACAGGCUGCGUUUUAGCUCUUUGAGGUUACGGCGCUAACGACUGUUGGUGCGGCGGCCGCUUUCAUGUGAUGCGCGACGUCAUGGGGCCAGCCAGUGAUGGUGCUGUAGUAAGCAAAAGUAUACAUACUUGUACAGUACAAUAAAAAUCCCGAAAUGGAGUUUACAUAGACAACUAGCUUUGUUUAAUUCCAAGCCAAAAUAAGUAAUUUCGCAACACCUGAUAU